AUGAAAAUUGUUCUUCCCGCUUUACUGCCGUUGAAGACCCUAUUCCUGUUGCUAAUCCCGAUGUCCACUGCCCAUUGGGAAGAACAGGGGCAGGGUCUUCGACGGAACCUUUAUAUAACCGGUGAUUACCACCAGAAUGUGGUGUCCAUACGGACCCGCAAACAUAUUCGCAAUUGGGGUGACAAUCAUUUCUGCGCCGGUUCCAUUCUGUCCGCCCGUUGGGUGGUGACCUCCGGUUGUUGUGUGAGCACCCUGCCGGCAAGCACACCAAAUAAGUCCAGUACCCGCAAAAAUAUUAAGGUGGUUGUCUUCACCCGCAAGCGAUUGAAAAAGCCACUGCGUGAAAAUGUCUUUAAAGUAGAGAAGGUGGUAUUGGGCAAGGCAUCUGAUGGCGAGUGCUCCAAAUUAGCUCUGCUUAAGCUGGAAAAGGCCAUUACGGGUCAAAGGUUCGCCAUAAAGCUACCGAAAGAGGAGAUGAACAGCACUUGGCUCUGCAGAACACUCGGUUGGGGCAGGAUGUACUACAACGGACCCUACUCCAACGAGCUUCUCCAGCUGAGGACGCAGAAGAGUUCAGCGUUCAAUUGCAAGAAGGACUGCAAUAGCUGCCUUUGCAUGGGCAGUUUUACGGGCAAGGGCAAUAUGUGCCAACUGGACAGGGGAAGUCCACUCUUUUGCGGUCACAUUAUAUACGGCGUGGCGCGACAAUCACACACUUGCCAGGAUGAAUCCUUUAUGGUGUACACCAGUAUCUUUCAUCAACGCAAGUUCAUCGAGGACACGUUAAGUAGGGCACCUUCGCCUGAAGAGUCCCGACAAAUUUUGAUCCUCAUUGUAACCCUGAUGUUACCCUGGUCUUUAUUCAAUUCGUUCAUCAACAAUUAG